UAAUUCUCAAGCUUCUACCCUAAUUGGGGCGGAGAAUUCUUGCCUUUGCUUCCAAACUCAGUUGUCACUUACAAUCCCGUCUUAUACAUUCAUACUUUUACACAUACACACGAUAUUAAUAACGUUUUUAUAAACACACGAAAACACGGAAACACAGAAACACAGAAAUACGGAAUUUAAGUACGUACAGGACCCCGCCGUCCCCACGGAUUUUAUCGGAUUCCGUUGUCCAUCUUGACCACUUGCCAGUGACUAGUAUUACACAAGGUUUGUUCUGCCGCAGACUUCUUCGUCGCGCAAUUCACUCACUCUUUAAUCCUUUUUUCCCCCAAAAAUUUUUUAAAAUUUAACUCACCACUCGUCUUCAAUCCUGUGGAUUGUCGUCAACCUUCAGAUCCCAGUUGAGGAGGACGAAGACCAGUCCCGUAAAAGGGUCUUACUUGCCGUGGCCACGGUCUCUUAACUGGAAGUCGGCUCCACAACUGGAAUCCUCGGGUGUGUUGACAUCCGGCUCGAAGGACCAAUUUAAUGUUGGAUUUAUCUUACCCAACAUUAUAAAAAAUAGACACAAAAGGAAUGAAGACGCUGGUUUCUUUUUCUCAUGAGGAGGGCGUAUGGGAGAUUGUUCAGAUCACAGUCUCUCAACACGCUCUAAACAAUCCCCCCCCCUCGCUCCUGGUUUUAUUUGAAAUAGGAGGGAUUUACAAAUCAUAAUGUUCUAAGCAAUAAGACACAACACAAAAUAUUUGAUUACAAGAGGGUUUUUUCCAGACAUAGUGUUCUAAGUAAUAAGACACAACACAUAAUAUUGAACCAACACCUGUCACGACCCGACCACAUCCGAUCACGUCCUUGGUCCAGGCGCCCUUCCAUCGGAUGAUGCUGAGUCUUCUUUUUGAAGGCGAGACAUCUAAAAUUGUCCAUUAUACUAAUGCAAGCUAAGCAAAUAAAUGAUAACUUCUACAAUUUAUCUAACAAAUGACCAUUGUGCAAAGGGUGCUGCGACUUCAAGGAGUGUAUGCGAUUUAAAUUGACGAGUAGUGCGAUAAUCUGGGACAAUGUUGGUUGUGCAAAUGUUACAGAUACUCCUCAAUCAGUGUGCAAAUGGAGCAGAUGCUACUCUGGCAUGAGUGGCCAGUAUAUGCAAAUAGUGCAGCAUGGCGAGACAACUACAGUGAGUGCACGAGUAAUACAUAAUUGGCCCCACAGAAAUGUGACAACGAACUCAAGUCAAAAAAUUGCCAGCUUGUUGUAAUGGAAUUAUAGGUUAGCUGUUUAAGAAGUUGAUUGCAAGAGGGAAGAAGCUGUUGGAAUGUCUACUAGUUCUAGUUUGCAUUGAUCGGUAGCGCCUACCUGAGGGAAGGAGCUGGAAGAGCUGGUGACCAAGAUGGCGCCUACCAGUGUGGUCGCCUCCCAGUGUGGUCGCCUCGGUAACCCGCUCUCUAGUAUUGUUUUUGUGUUUCGUCCGUCUUUGGAGACCUUACACGACUCACUUACACAAGGGGAGACCUACUAACCAUCAAGGAGGCUACUCCGGACUUUCUGUCACCAACUUUCGCAAAUCCGCUCAGUUUUUCCCCGAGUUACUCACCGGAGCGGCGUCCGUGGUUUUCGGCCCAUGGAGACGGAAGCGGCGCCACAGAGGAAAACGGGCCGGCAUUCAGGUGAAACUCCACAAGAGAGGACACAGAUUGGCGUUCCCGUCGAUCCACCUCGCGAAUGUACGCUCCCUACCCAACAAAAUGGACGAGCUUCAUCUUCUGUUAAAGACCAGUAAAGACUUCGGACGUUCCGCGGCCAUGUGCUUCACGGAGACCUGGCUUUGCGACGCUGUACCCGAUGGCGCCGUCAUGCUUCCCGGCUUUCACAUUCAUCGAGCGGACCGCGACAUGGAAUCAUCGGGGAAAACAAAGAGCUGCGGGAUAUGCCUCUAUAUCAACGAAAAAUGGUGUACGGACGUCACGGAGCUCAGCACACACUGCAGUCGCAUUUGGAGUCGCUAUUUUUAAACUGUAAACCAUUCUACUCGCCACGUGAGUUCGCAUCGUACAUACUGGCUGAAGUCUACAUCCCGCCUCAAGCUAACACGAACGCCGCACUGCUAACGCUCGCCGAACAAGUCAACGAAAUUGAAAAAAAACACCCGGACUCACCCCUCAUUAUUCUCGGGGACUUUAACAAAGCUAAUCUCAACCACGAACUCCCUAAAUACAAGCAGCACAUCGACUGUCCUACCAGGGAAAAUAAUACUUUAGACCACUGCAACACUACGGUAAAAAACGCAUACCGUGCUAUACCUCGUGUAGCCCUGGGCUCGCCUGAUCACUGCUUAAUUCACUUAAUACCGACGUACAGGCAAGAACUUAAAUGCGCAAAGCCUACAGUGAAAACAGUGAAAAAGUGGACCAAUGAAGCCAAGAUGGAACUUCAAAGCUGUUUAGAUUGCACAGACUGGAGUGUCUUUGAAAAUUCAGCUGGCAGCCUGGAUGAAUAUACGGACACUGUCACAUCCUAUAUGAGUUUCUGUGAAGAGAUUUGUGUACCAACAAAAUCAUUUCGCACAUUCAACAACAACAAGCCGUGGUUCACUGCUAAACUUAAGCAGCUUCGCAGAAUACCUUCUACUGCAGAUUUGAAAAGGACAGUUUCACACCACACACCCACCCGGCCGCACCCGCGACCACAAUCACACCUCUGACCUCUGCGUUAACCAUCCAUGAACAGGAUGUCAGACGCAUCUUCAAACAACAAAAGAUUAACAAAGCGGCAGGCCCGGACCACGUGUCCCCAUCCUGCCUCAAAGUCUGCGCCGACCAGCUCGCUCCAGUCUUCACUCAGAUCUUCAAUAGAUCUCUGGAAAUGUGCAAAGUUCCAUCCUGUUUCAAACGCUCCACCAUCAUUCCAGUCCCCAAGAAACCUGCAAUCUCUGGUCUGAAUGACUACAGGCCUGUCGCUUUGACAUCUGUGGUCAUGAAGUCCUUUGAACGUCUCGUGCUGGACCACCUCAAGAGUGUCACAGGUCCCCUGCUGGACCCCCUGCAGUUUGCCUACCAAGCAAACAGAUCUGCGGAUGAUGCAGUCAACAUGGGACUGCACUUCAUCCUAGAACACCUCGACAGUGCAGGGACCUACGCGAGGAUCCUUUUCGUGGACUUCAGCUCAGCGUUCAACACCAUCAUCCCUGAACUCCUUUCAUCCAAGCUUCUCCAGCUCAGCGUCUUACCUGCCAUCUGCCAGUGGAUUUACAGCUUUCUUCAGGAGGCAUCCUUCGCCACAGCUGCCCCUCACGUUGUCCAGCUGCCUUGUGUCAACCGUCGAGACCUUCAAGUUCCUGGGAAUUACAAUCUCUCAGGACCUGAAGUGGGCGACCAACAUCAACUCCGUCCUCAAAAAGGCCCAGCAGAGGAUGUACUUCCUGCGGCUUCUGAGAAAGCACGGCCUGCCACCGGAGCUGCUGAGACAGUUCUACACAGCGGUCAUCGAAUCAGUCACAGGACUGGUUCUUCCAUCACAGUCUGGUUUGGUGCUGCUACAAAAAAGGACAAACUUCGACUGCAACGGACAAUCAAAACUGCUGAAAGGAUUGUCGGUACCCCCCUACCGACCCUUGAGGACUUGCACGCUGCCAGAACUAAGACAAGGGCGUGCAAAAUCCUCUCGGACCCUCCGCACCCCGGUCACCUAUUCCUCUUAAAGUUAACACUGCCCCCAUGCUCCUCUCUCUCUCUGCACAGCUCUAGAUGACAAUAGAUGGUACUCCUGCCAUCAUGCCCGCCACGUCAAUGCAUGGCCUGGAAAUGUGCCACAAUAAACAUAGCCCCCAAAUGUGAAUGUGUUGCCUUUGAAGGAAUGUCACCACAUUCAAAAUGGCCACCACUAAGGCACGGGGUGGCACAUCAGUUGGUUGGAUCUAGUCAUAUUGUAUAUCUGUGACUCAGAAAUAUGUACUGUAUGUCAUCUCUGCCCAUAUUGCGUCACAACGCCAGUAAACAACAACGGACAAUUCUGGAACUAUCAGACUUUGUCAACGCUGGUUUCUCCAAUGGAAACUAUUUUUUGAACACACAUACUGUCCAGGUGGUCCGUUACUUACGAUAUACAUAAAAUUAGGGUCCGGUAAUUCGAGGUUCCACUGUAAUGAAAAUGAAACGCUCAUCCACAAGAUGGCAGAAGGGUCGCGGGGCGCUGGAGCCUAUCCCAGCUGACUUCGGGCGAAAGGCGGACUACACCCUGAACUGGUCGCCAGUCAGUCACAGGGCACAUAUAGACACGGACAACCAUUCACAUUCACAACGUCACUGAGUGGGAACUGAUCCCACAAUGCCCGCACCAAAGUCAGGCGAGUGCACCACUACACCAUCAGUGACUCUGACAUAUUAUCAAUGCACCUUUUAUUCUUUAUCAUCACAAUGACAAGACAAUUUUACUGUGGACCGUGCAUGGGUGUGCUGGUCUCCCAGAGAUCAAGAUUAAAUGAAUUAUGUUCAUGACUUCCUCUUUCCUUCA